UGUGCAUUCUAGCUCUUAUUUUUCACUUUCUUCCUCCCCUCCCCCUGCCCUCCUUGUAUUAUCACAAGCCUUACCUUGACUAUGCCUGUUGAGUAGACCCACCCGGCCACUCGGAUUCCACCAAUCACUGAGGCAUGCCAAGGAUGUGUACUUCCUGUGUUUUGUGAAAAAAGAGUGGGGCAGAAGAGAGGAGAGGUUUCUGAGCUUGUUUUUGUUUUGUUUUCUUGCCGGCGAUGGGGGUCCACACACACAGGGGACAGCAGUAGUGGACACACUAAGAAGGAUUUUUUGCCUGUGUGAAAUCUGCUUGUGGAACGCCACAGACACUGUGAGGACAGGACAGAGACAAAGAAGAGGGAAGAGAUAAGUGUCAAUCUGUUGAGACUUGUUUGGGAAUUUAAGGAAGGAGGAGAGGUGGGGGGAGAGACAGCGAGAGGGAAAAAAGAAAAGGGAAUUCAGGCGUAAACAUGAACCUUUCAGAAGAGUGAAAACAACUAAGGAGAAAGCAAAAGAGACUAAAGCUGUUAAGAUUUAUUUGGGAGAACAAGUAGACAAUUACUCCGUCACCCAGAUAAUGUCAGGACAAGGAAAUAGUAUAUGUUGUGCAAUCCAAUGGUUUUGAGCUGAGCUGCAGCACGGAGGACAGACCACAUCUCCCUAAGACACACCUUCAGCUUAACAAUGAUGAACAAGCUUCUUUCUGCUGGAAAAUACUCUAGGGAUAAAAGUCCUCUGUCAGGAAUGAGGGGCAUCUUCCAUCAAGACAAAAAUCAGAAUAAAAACAGGAGGGAGGAGACCGAAACUAAGAAAACAAGAAACAAAAUGAGGGAUGGAGAAAUGGCCGGCCCGGAGCGACUAUUAGACAGAGCUCCCGGCCUCAGAGAGGGAGAAAGCGAGUGGAGAGAUGGAGAACGGAGGCAAGCCCAUGGCAGAGGCAAACACAACAGGCCGCUGUCAACUGCAGAGAGGACUCAGACUGAGCAAGUUGUGGAAAAAGGCAAAAAGAAAGGAGAUACAUUUCCCAGAGAGAGAAAGGGAGACAGAGAUCCUGGCAGGAGGGUGAUGGAAGAAGAAGGAAAGGAAAUGAGGCAGAGGGAUCGACCCAGAAGAGAACUGAUGGACUAUGGGGAGAUGGAAAGAAGGCGCCAAGAAAGAGAGAGAGUGGAGACCCAAAGCAGGGCAAUAGAAGAACGGAGAAGACCGCCAGAAGAUAUCAGAACACAAAAGAGGGAAAGAUAUAAGGUGUCUGGUGUUGAGUUUCAAGAGAGGACAGUAGAAGUGGAUGAUUCAUGGGACAGGAGAGAUAGGGAUGCAGGCAGGAAAAAAGAAACAUUCAGAACUGUCAUGGAUAUGAGGGAAUCUGAAAGGUAUUCUCCACAAAAGAGGCCAGAAAGAGAGUUGUACACAGACAGGACAGAGAGAACACCGCGGAGAGAUGCCAGGAGUGAAGAUGUUGAUGUGAAAGAGUUGGAGAGAAGGGAAAGAAUAAGGGACAGAGGUAGAGAAGACGGGAUCUCUUUCACCAGGAAUGGGGAGUACUUCAAAAGCAGAAUGCUGCAGGAAAGGGAUCGAGUUGGAUACCAGGAGAGAUACAGAGAAGAAAGAUACAGAGAUGGCAGGAUGGAAGUGAGACUAGCCGAGAGAGAGAGGGAAGGACAAAGAGAGAUUGGAAGUCAUGGCAGGACGGAUGAUGAUCGAUAUAGAAAUGAGAGAAGAGACAGGGAGAGAAAAAAAAGGCAGGAAGAUGGAAAGGCAGGCAGAAGGAACAGAUCGUUGAGUGAUUCUUCUCCUCGGGUACCACCACGAGGUCAAAGCAGUGAGGGGGAUAGCGGGAUGAGGUACAGAAGAGACUGUGAGAGGGAUCAAAGACAAGAUGGAAGUGUUGCAAAAGAACUUCAGAUAGAUCCAGGCCAAGCAGGUGAAAAAAGUCAAAGGAAACUUGCAAAAAGUGAGAGGUUAGACAGAGAGGAACUCCCAUCUUGUGGUUCAGACAAGUCACAAAUGUGGUUAGAGCCACAUCGAGGCAAAACACAACCAAGACAGAAAGAGGGGAGAAGAGUAGACAAAUGGGAUAUAAAGUUACAGGCAGAAGGGGAAAGAGAUGCACUGCGAUUACAAGGGGAUCUAGAUGAGAGCAACAUUACCCAGAGUAGAGAAAGGCAAUUGGAGAGGAGAGAACAGUGCGAAGACUCUGAGGGACUGAGUGUAGAUGGAGAGGAGGAUGACAAAACAUUUAUUGAAGGGAAGGAACAGUUGUCCGACAGUGGUGGAAGCCUAGGAGAAGAGAGAAGCCGGAGGAGGGAUUUGCAGGGAGAAGAUUUGUUAAAUAACACCCGGGAGAGUGGCACGGAGGAAGAGGGUUCGAGCGAUUCUGGGGGUGGAGGGGGAAGUGAUAGCAUAUGGUAUCCAGACAGAGACAAAAUGCUGUUUACAGAGGACAGCAAUGUAAUUCUGUCCAGUGGCAGAGAUGAUGCGGAUGACAUGGAGCAGAAUUGUAGGAAACGUGAAAAAUUCUGUAAACCUUGGAUUUUAAACAAAAAAGAGGAAUUGAUUGAAAGGAAUGAGGAAGUGAUUAAUCCAGAGCAGCAAGGGAGGGAAAAUAAAUUCAUUUUCUGUGUGGUUGGGCAAACUUCUUCCCGGUCAGAAACCAAUGAGGUGUCACUGUCACAAGAUGAAGAGAAUGGAAGACUGGAAACAGAUGACCCAAAUAUAGAAAAUCAUCAUCGGAGUAGUGAUGAGGACACAAGCAACCCUCAGCAUGACUUGAUGCAAACACCAAGCAGAAGGGACGAGCAACUAUUUCUUGACAGUCAGGGCACAGGAAAUGGCUACAGCACACCAAGGGGGGAGGACUUCACUUCAGGAAACCCAAAUGAGGGAGAUUUUGGUUAUGGAGCACCUGUGGACCUUCAAGACAAAGAAGUUGAAGAGAUAAUGGAAAAGGAGCCACUGCCCAAUGAUUUGGGGGCAAAGAAAAGAGACUCUCAGACUGAAAGACUCCUCAAACAAUGGAGAGAGAACAACAAAAGAAAAGGGGAUCAAACAUCUGGCAUCCCAACUAACUCCUGUGCUGAUCUUCCUCCUCGUAGCAGCUCAGAGCAAAUUCAACCUUUCCUGGAUGAGAUAAACACUGAAGCAAUGAGUCCAGAGGAGGUGGAGGCCAUUCGGAUCCGAAAGAGCGGGACAUGGAGCGAUUCCAAGGUGACCAAGUGGCGUUCCAAAGCCCCCCACCUUAAAUGGGCCACAACUGUGGUCCGUGAGAUCCUCGGACACUCAGGAGAACAGACAGAGGAUGAACCAAACUCGGAGUUGGAAGAAAAUCAGGGCGCCAUGCAGGCUGAGAACAACAGGCAUCAAGAGGAGGCUGAGCGCAAGGUUGUGAACUUGCCUGUUGUGACUCUGACAACAGAUGAUCAACAAUCGGAGCCAGAACAGGAGGAGGAGGAGGAGGAUUACGACUUGGAUUACAAAGAUGAUAAUGAUAUUCGAAGUAAAAGCUGGGGAGAGGUGGACCUAAAGAAUGUUUUGAAUUCGCUUGGAAGACGAAGUAGGAAAUCAAGUAUUUAUAAUCGUCCUCAGCUCUACCAGCAAUAUAAUGAGGAGAAGCAGAACUUUGAGAUCCUGCGUCAAUCUCGCUCCGAUAACCUCUCAGUAUGCGAGGUCAACAGCCGCUCCCCCUUACCUUCACCUCAACCCGCCCGCAGACCCCUUCCUCCUUUACCGUCUGUCCCACACCCUCACUCCCUGUCCCUCUCGGGAUCCGUCAACUGUGCCCAAACCUUGCCUCUUCCAGAGCAACCCAAGAGCGAACGCAGAGCCUCCUCCCCAAGUCUGAGUCUCUCACUCACACAGUCAUCCUUACUAUGGCGAGACCUGCCCGCCGUUAGGAACAGCCCCAAGCUGGAGAAGCUCACAGAAGAUCAGAGGCGACUGCAGGAGGUGAGAUUUGAAGUGGUGACAUCAGAGGCCUCCUACAGCAGAAGUUUGGACAUAGUUGUUGAACACUUCGUCAAGUGCAAAGAGCUAGAGACACUGUUGACCACUCAGGACAAGAACUGGCUGUUCUCCCGUCUGACUGAAGUUCGGGUCAUCAGCUACAGAUUUUUAGCAAAGCUGGAGGAACGUGUGGAAUCUGAUGUUACGCACUUUACAGUAUGUGACAUAAUUGCUCAGCAGUGUCAGCGUUUCAAAAAGGUUUAUGUGCCCUACCUCACCAACCAGUCGUAUCAGGACGCCACCUACCAAAGACUCAUGAAUGACAAUCCUAACUUCAAGCGGAUUGUGGAUAGCUUGGAGAAGAGUUCUGUGUGUCAGAGGCUUCCUCUCCGUUCCUUCCUGGUGCUUCCCUUUCAAAGGAUCACAAGAAUUAAGCUGCUGGUCCAGAAUAUUCUAAAAAGAACAACUCCUGGAACGGUGGAGGCUGAAAACACCAUUAAAGCAUUAAGACGUUUGGAGAAGAUAAUUCAAGAGAGUAACGACAGCAUUGCUGAGAUGAAAACCAUUGAGUCGUUGGUGUCCCUAAGUGGAAAAGUGGAAUUUGUGGAAUGCAAGACUCUUCCUCUCAUCAGUCAGAAACGGCGGCUGGUGCGCGAAGGUCCUGUCACUGAACUGAUGGAUUUCUCUCUAAAGCAAACAGAGAGAACCAUUUACUUACAUCUGUUUAAUGACCACUUGCUAGUCUCCCUACAAAAAGAAGGCGGAAGAUUCACUGUCAUCGACCACUGUCCUGUAAACGAACUGCGUACAGAGGACUUCCGUGUCAAACUCCUGACCCUUCAGAAGAACAGCUUCCGCUUACACAUGUCCCAAAGAUCCCUGCUGCUUAGGACUGAGACACAGAGUGAUAAGCAACGCUGGUUAUCUGCCCUCUCCAGGACCCAUCCAGUAGUUGAUUUUUCUACAGCAGAAAAAAAGGCACAGAUGCAGUGUAUCAGAGCUUAUGUUGCCCAGCAGCCGGAUGAACUGUCUGUAGAAAAAGCUGAUGUUAUUCUGGUUCACCAGGAUAGCGCUGACAAUUGGGUAGAGGGGACCAGACUGUCUGACCUACAUUGUGGCUGGGUGCCCAAGUCCCACUUGAAAGUCAUAAGCAAUGACAUCAUCAAGAAACGCAACCUGUCAGAUGCUCUCACAUUGACAAAGGCUACAGCUGCUUUCUGAGUGCAGAAUGUUCAGAGUGGCAGUGAGCUGAGAGAUGUCCUGCAAGCAAGUUUCUCAUCUGUGUGCAUCUUACUACUGAAAAUGGACAACAAAUGUUCAGAGACGAUUCUCUUCAUUAACUGCUUACAACAGUGCAUUGGCUAAAAAAGCUAGAGGAGUUGCAGAAUUAGCCUUCAGUAGUUUCACUAUGUGGAAUAAUAAUAAUAAACAGGCCUGAGACUCAUUCCUUGAUUUUACUCUCAAUGAUUGACUAUUAACUGCUAUGCAAAGUGCCUUGCUGACAUUGAGAUUUCCACUGUACACAGAUAUCUUAAGUGUUUAAAUUGCAUUUCUAUAAGAAAUAUUUUGGUAUGCGAAUAAUUGUGUUUGAGGACCAAAGGAUAAAAAAGUGUUAAAAGAAAUCCAUGUAUGCAUGCGAGCUGACAGACAGGAAUUCUUAAUAAUAGUUUUAACUAUGUACAGAACUUGAACAAAACAUUUCAAUAACUUUAUGAAAUAAAGACACGUCUGAUCUGUAAACAUGCAAUGAUAUGGAGCUGUGUGCUUUCACCAUUUAUAAAAUUAAAUUUUUCACAGCUUUU